AUGACUCUCAGUCUGCUAGCUCGCGACGAUACCAACUGGGCGGAGUGGAACAAGUUGAAUAUUACUGCAGACACCAUGCCCUUCACACGGUCGCAGUCGGACACCCAGUUGCUGCAUCCUCAGACCGGAAUGAAGAUGGCACGGGCAAACGGUCACCUGACCAAGAGCCAGACUGGUCAUGCUUUCCUAGAAGAUGCCGGCCACCGGUAUCCGUUUGGCCAGGGACCGGGCUGGUAG